AGAAUAUAAAAUUGAGGUAGAUCUUUAAAUUUUUCAGAUCGAUCAAAGAUGAAAACCUUCCUAGCUAUCUGCGUUAGUCUCUUCUUCUGCAUUAAUGUCGUGCUAGAAGCCAAACAGGAGAAGAAAGCUCUACAACCAGGAAAGGAAUAUCAUCAAUUUUUCUUUCAUAACUAUGAGAAGAAUAAAUGCGAAGCUUUCAUCUACGAUCCAUGUUAUGGAAUGUAUAAUCCUGAUAAUAGAUUUGAAACUCAGCAACAAUGUUGUGAGAAAUGUGGAGGAAAUAACUGCUAAUAAAAGUAUAGGAAUAUUAACACGAACGUCAUAAACGAAAGAAAAGAAUUAAAGACGUGG